UUACUGCACCGAAAAGCUAGGUGCACCCUCGGUAGAUCUCAACGAUGCCGGCCUGGGCGGCGAGCGCGAGCAACCAGUCAGCUGCUUGGAUGCCGCGCAUGCUGCCGAGGAGACAGCGACCAAGGCGGUCAAGGGAAGGGUGAAUGGCGGGGAGGAAUUUGGAUUUGCGGUGACGACCCCCUUUAGCCUCGGAAUAGAUCCUGUCAAGGCAGCGUCGCGGCGACGUCAUCUGUGUCCGCGGUGAGACGGAGGCACUGCGCUGGCUUGAGGGGCUCAAGAAGGACAAGUGGGUCCUCGCGACGUUUGCCAAGCCGACGAUGUCGCCGUCAACCGAGUUCGCCGACCCAAGUACGAUGUUGCUGUCACCCUACAUUAAUGUUGAUUGCUUCGGCAUCCAUAGGCUCCUCGCUGAUGUUAAGCGGGGAGUCAAAGAGGCCAAGGAGGCGGGAAAGAAGCUCAUCCCUGCGCAUUGCGAGGGCCAGCUCCUUUCAGAGAGAUGUAUGCUUGUGCGAGGUCACUGUGGAUCCGGCGAAGUUUGGGCACAUUUGGGGAAAUACUGUGUCGAGAUAUGUGAUUGUCGAGCAACAUCGCCACGUCGAUAAGAGAAGUCGCAUCCUGACUCAUUCGGCUCCUCGAUGCCCCCCAGAUGGACUGCUAACUGCUCAAACAAUACGAUGGAGACGGCAACGUCAUGAAGCCGCGGCUGCGCAGGGGAGCUACAAGGCGGGGCAGACUGGCUUCCCCUGGAUCGACGCCAGUGUGCGUUGUCUGAAGCAGACCAGCUGGAUACACCACCUCGCGCGGUAAUUAGUGGCUGCGUUCUUCACGCGCGGCCAAAGCUGGAUCGGCUGGGAGCGCGGCGCGGAAAUCGUCAAGGAGAUUCUCUAUUCGGACUCGAACAGCAAUGCUUGUAACUGAUGCGUAUUGCAGAAAUUUGUCUCUCC